AAACGUGGGUUCGCUCUUGGUUCGUCCAACGACAACCGCUGGAGGGUCGCGCUCUGGACCUUGGGCGUUUGCACGAAGCCUUGGAAUUGUGAUGUCACGAUAUGUGACGGGCCGCCUUCCGACCACAUCGACAUCCGCUCAAUGUUGAACAGUGGGUUUCCAUGUUCACUUUCGAGCAGGAUGGACGGAUUUGACACCUUUUGGCCGUUGGCCGCAACUAGGCAAGAUGAUGGGGUCACAGGCUCCCUCUUUGUCUCUUUACCAUACUGCGUCGCCCGUGGAACAACAGCAGCAGCACCAUCAACACUCUCUGCUUUCUCUGGCCAAUGUUCAACAAGAGUACCACGAACCAGCCCAACAUUUGCACUUCAUACCUUCGAGCGACGACACUGGCAUGCAUACGGCGCAAGACAAGCGGAACAUCGUCUAUGUUGUUGUCCCCAAUAACGGCACUUGGACUCUUCCGUCUAGUGCAACCAUCCAGAAUGGGAGCACCAAUCAAAGACAAGGUCAAGGCUUUCGUCCACUCACCAUCGUUCAACCUAUCAUGGGCCCAGGCCAGGGGCAUUCAGGCGGGCAUCAAUAAUCAACCUCCUGCAACUGGCAAUUACUAUCCAGCAUGUCGAACAUAG